AUCGGCCAUAGCAGCGGGACUGUUCGGCUACAAUGGAGUCCUGGUGGGACUGCUCAUGGCGGUGUUCUCUGACAAAGGAGACUAUUAUUGGUGGCUUCUACUGCCAGUUGUUGUUACAUCCAUGGCUUGCCCAGUUCUUUCCAGUGCUUUAGGUUCAGUCUUCAGGAAAUGGGACCUUCCUGUUUUCACCCUGCCUUUCAACAUUGCCGUGUCUCUUUACUUGUCUGCCACUGGACACUACAACCUCUUCUUCCCCACCACUCUCAUUCAGCCUGUAACAUCAGUGCCCAAUAUCACCUGGUCUGAAAUCGAAGUGCCACUGCUGCUACAAUCCAUUCCAGUCGGCAUUGGUCAGGUGUAUGGCUGUGAUAAUCCCUGGACUGGUGGCAUCUUCCUGGUUGCUUUACUCAUCUCCUCUCCACUUAUUUGCUUGCAUGCUGCAAUCGGAUCAGCAGUGGGGAUGCUGGCAGCGCUGACCAUUGCAAUGCCAUUUGACAGGCUCUACUUCGGCUUGGCGAGUUACAACUGUGUGCUUGCUUGCAUUGCAAUCGGAGGCAUGUUCUAUGCUCUUACCUGGCAGACACACUUGCUGGCACUUGCCUGUGCAUUAUUUUGUGCCUAUGCUGGAGCAGCUCUUGCCAAUAUCUUAUCUGUGAUUGGAUUACCAGCCUGCACCUGGCCUUUCUGCUUCUCUGCGCUUCUCUUUUUGCUCCUAACUACAAAUAAUUCCGCAAUCUACAAGCUGCCACUCUGCAAAGUCACUUAUCCAGAAGCCAACCGAGUCUACUACCUGAGAAUGAAAGGAAGAGAGCAGAAACCCACUGAUGGUGUUAUGGAGGAACAUUCAAUUGAAUUGGAAGCGGAUGAGUGCCAAGGAGAUAUCCAGCCAAAGCAGAGGAACUUGUUUCAAUUCGAUCAGCAGUCUACACGCUGGCCCGUGCGAAGGAGAAGUAAAGUUUUUGGAAAACUUGAACAUCUGGAUAGACAAAAUGAGGAUCAGUUUUUCCCUCCACACCACCAACAGGAGAAUGAAUCAGCUAAGGAUCUGAAGGGCAACAUGGCUCCUGAAACCAAAAUCACUGAAGAGAAAAGCACUAAAAAUCAGAACAGAGGGACAACAGGUGUGAAACGCGUCAGCAGAGCUGUCUCCUAUAUCAGGGGAGGAACAAACAUGUCUGGAGGUGGGUCUAAAGAUAAACCUCUAGCAUUUCAGUUUAUUGACUGGGUCUUGCGGGGGACGUCCCAGGUGAUGUGUGUCAAUAACCCACUCAGUGGGUUUCUCAUGAUUGCUGGAUUCCUGGUCCAGAAUCCCUGGUGGGCACUCACAGGCUGUUUAGGAACAUCUGUCUCAACGUUAGCAGCACUUAUUCUGAGUCAGGACAGAUCAGCCAUAGAAACAGGACUCCAUGGCUAUAAUGGGACCUUAUUGGGAUUACUCAUAGCUGUGUUUUCUGACAAAGGAGACUAUUAUUGGUGGCUUCUACUGCCUAUAGUUGUUACAUCCAUGGCAUGCCCCAUUCUUUCCAGUGCUUUAGGCUCAGUCUUUAGUAAAUGGGACCUUCCUGUUCUCACCUUGCCUUUCAAUAUUGCCAUGUCUCUUUACUUGGCUGCCACUGGACACUACAACCUCUUCUUCCCUACGACGCUCAUUCAGCCUGUAACAUCAGUGCCCAACAUCACCUGGUCUGAAAUCGAAGUGCCACUGUUGCUAAAAUCCAUUCUGGUGGGAAUCGGUCAGGUGUUUGGUUGUGACAAUCCCUGGACUGGUGGCAUUUUUCUGCUCGCUGUCUUUGUAGCAUCACCACUCAUCUGCUUAUAUGCUGCAGUUGGAUCAGCAGUGGGCAUGCUGGCAGGCUUGACUGCUGCAGCGCCCUUUGCUGAGAUCUACUCUGGCUUUUGGGGCUACAACAGCGUCCUCUCCUGCAUUGCAAUAGGAGGCAUGUUCUACGCUCCCACAUGGCAGACCCACUUGCUAGCAGUUGCCUGCGCCUUCUUUGGUGCCUAUCUGGGAGCCGCACUUGCUAAUUCCCUCUCUGUGUUUGGAUUACCAGCCUGCACCUGGCCUUUCUGCUUCUCCGCAUUUCUCUUCCUGCUACUAACUACAGACAACCCUGCCAUCUACAAGCUGCCACUCUGCAAAGUCACUUACCCAGAAGCCAACCGUGUCUAUUACCUGGCAGUGGAAAGAAACAGGAAGGCAACAGUGAUGACAAAAUAGCCGUCUAACAUGGCUUCCUAAUGCAGUUGCACAGCUCUGCUCCAAAUAUGUGAACUAAAUCCUCCUUGGGACAUUUCUAAACAGAACAAUACUGCAUUUUGUUUACUGAAGAUGAUGAUUUUCUUUUGUGUAUCAUGAAAUGGAUGUAAUUAUAAUGGAUUUCAUUUUAGAAUUAAGCUGUCUUGCUUAAAGCCUUUACACACUCAUUUCCUAUAACACAGAGAGCGGUAAGAAUGGCUGAGUUAUUGGAAUGCUGAUUAACUGCUGACCCAGAACAUUUGGUCUGCAUCAUGCAUGGAGAUAGGUGAAGGAGGUAAUGCUGGACAGAUCUGUACUAGGUUGAGAUUAGCUUUUGUGAGUGCAAACAUUUGGGCAUAGAAAUGGCUGAAAUAGCCCAAGAUCCAUUGGUCUCAGGGGAUGGUGUAAAUCUUACUAGACUAACCAUUCUCAUGAAGCUCUUGCCUUUCUGAGGUAGAGCAGUAAAAUAGAAAAUCUUCCCUAGAACCAAAAGGACGGGGACAGCUAUAUAAGGGGGGUGAUGCUGU